AUGGAGGAAAUUGUCAUCGAUGUGCCAUCAUCAUCAUCCAGUACGGAGAAAGGUAAAAAGCCCAAAAGAAUGUCCUGUUGCCAGGCCUUGCGAAAAAGCUAUGUGGAAUUUUGUGCCAUCUCUUCGAUACACGGGUUUCAGUACUUCGCCCAUAGCCGCAAUUGGAAGGAGAAAUGCUUUUGGUCGCUGGUCUUUGUGGUCUCGUUGUAUUAUUGUGGUUCCAUGAUAUGGAAGGCCUAUUUGAAAUGGCAUGAAACACCGGUGAUUGUAACCAUUUCCGAGAAGUCAACACCCAUAUGGAGUAUACCCUUUCCGGCGGUGACCAUAUGUCCGGAAACCAAAAGGGCCAUUAAUGAAACGGUCCACAACUAUUCCGAACUUUUGUUGGGCCUUAAAAAUUACCUCGAAUCGGGUGAGAAAUUUAGCGACAAUUUCACAUCCUCCGAUAUGGAAGAUAUACUCACGUUGAUGCAGUUGUGUGAUGUCCAAACAAAUACCAGUAUCUCCUCCUUCGAUGGUCCAAAGAUCGAUAUAAUCGGAAAGCUAAAUGAAUUUUUUCCAGAUAUACAAAAAUACUGCUACAGCUGUGGCUGGUUCGGUGUGGAAACGACCUGUGAUCGUUUCUUUAUGAAAGUCUAUACAGAUGAGGGUAUUUGCUUUACCUUUAAUAGCCUGAAAGCCACCGAUUUAUAUCGUGAGGAUACCUAUCAAUAUCAAGAGAGCCUGAAGAAUUCUCUCCUGAAUAAUUCCAUGUUUAAUCAGGAAUUGAGUUGGUCUUUGGAAGAGGGUUUUACAACGGAUGGGGUUUUGAACACCUAUCCGGCUAGGGUGUUGGGUGCAGGAACCAUGGCUGGAUUUUUAACAUCCCUGCAGAACUUCGCCAAAGAAGUGGAUUACAGCUGUCGUUAUGUGGCGGAUGGUUUUAAGAUUCUGCUACACUCUCCCGAUGAUGUGCCCUCUAUGGCCAAACAUUUUGUCCACAUAUCCAUGGACAAGGAUGUUAUGAUUGCAGUGAAGCCGAAGAUGAUAACCACCUCGUCGGGUAUUGCGGAAUAUAAACCUCAUAAGCGCCAAUGCUAUUUGAAUCGGGAUCGUCAGCUACGCUAUUUUAAGGCCUAUAGCCAAAAUAAUUGUGAACUGGAGUGCCUGACAAAUUUCACCCUGAAUCUUUGCGGUUGUGUUACCUUUUAUAUGCCACGAAGUCCCGCUACCCCGGUAUGCGGUUCUGAUAAACUGCAGUGUUAUCGCCAGGCCAAAGAUCAACUGUUGUUUCAACAAUUCACCAAGGGAUUGAGGGGAAAUAAACCCACCAUUAAUGAUUGUGAUUGUCUGCCCGCCUGCACCUCGUUAGAUUAUGAAACGGAAAUUUCGGAGGGUAGCUUUAAUGUUGCCAAUACCAUAAAUGCUGUGGCAAAUUUUCGUGAGAUAUUGGAAAUGUUUCCCGACCUGACGAUGUCCAUUGUUUGGAUUUAUUUUAAGGAUAAUGAAUUUAUAACUUCACGUAGAUCGGAGUUAUAUGGGGUAACGGAUUUGCUGGCGAAUUUCGGUGGUGUCUGCGGACUAUUUAUGGGUGUAUCGCUGUUGAGUAUCAUAGAAAUGUUAUAUCAUUUUACCUUGAGAUUUUGGUGGAAUUUAAGUCAUCCCAUGGAAAAGAAAUAA